AUGGAUAGUCCCCAAAGACAAGUACCACUACGAGCACCUGCUAUUGACAUUCAUUCAAAUGCAAAAUGGAUACAGAAUGGUCUCACUGUGGCUGGAGGAAAUGGAUCAGGCAAUGCAAUCAAUCAACUCUCUUACCCAUACGGUUUAUAUGUCGAUGAUGAUCAAACUAUUUAUAUCGCUGAUACAUCAAAUCACCGUAUUAUGGAAUGGAAAUAUGGAGCAACGAGUGGUCAAGUGGUUGUUGGUGGAAAUGGGCAAGGGAAUGGAGCUAAUCAGUUGGACACGCCCGUUGAUGUGAUUGUCGACAAAGAAAGAGAUAGUCUCAUCAUUUGCGAUUACGGGAAUAGUAGAGUAGUUCGAUGGCCUCGUCGAAAUGAUACUAGUGGAGAAACAAUCAUCUCGAACAUCUCUUGCAUGGGUUUGACAAUGGAUGAGAAUGGAUCUCUCUAUGUCGUUGACACGGGCAAACAUGAAGUGAGACGAUACCGAAUUAAUGAUACUGAAGGAAUAGUGGUUGCAGGCGGCAAUGGAUAUGGAAAUCGUCCAGAUCAGCUCUCUAAUCCGUCCUAUGCAUUUGUCGAUCGAGAUCAUUCUGUGUACGUGUCUGAUAAGCUAAAUAAUCGUGUGAUGCAAUGGAAAGAUGGUGCAAAAGAAGGCACUGUUGUAGUCGGUGCUCAAGGGGAACGAAAUAGUCUUUCACAAUUGUAUUAUCCUGAAGGGGUUGUUGUCGAUCAAUUAGGCACUGUCUAUGUGAUUGAUGGUUGGAAUUAUCGAAUCAUGCGUUGGCCAAAAGGAGCUACACAGGGAAGUGUCAUUGCUGGUGACAAUGAGAGAGGAGGAGAGUCAAAUCAAUUCUACUAUCCCAUUGGUUUAUCAUUCGAUCUACAUGGCAAUCUCUAUGUCGCCGAUCAGUGGAAUCAUCGAGUACAAAAAUUUAAUAUCGAACAGACAACAAAUUAA